CGGCGGGUGUCGCCGUCGUUUCAUCGAAAAUCGCCGCUCGCCGUCAGACACUUCGUCGCUGCUAUAAAAUUAUGGUGUGUGCGUGCGCAAUUGCUCGUCGGUAUAGGACGCUUGCUAUAACGGGAGCUGGUGUUGGUUACCAAUUUACGGCGAUUUCGGGGCCAUCGGGCAAACAUUUUCUUUAUAGUACGAAAGCUGUUGAACUUUUUCGUUUCACCGGAUGACUGCUGCGAUUUGGCGGGAGGAAACUGAUUAUUUUGAAAGUGACCACGGACUUUGUAAAUGACGGCUUUGCCUGUCAAUAACCACCUGCCAUGCACUGAACUGCAUUUCACUCCAGUUUGACAUUUCUAACUCAAUCAAUUGUGAGAAAUAUGAGUUUGUACGUUCGGGCGUAAACAUUAAGCUAGGAUGGAUUUCAAGUGUGCGACGGCAUUUUAUAUUCUGUUUUGGACGGCCGUCAUCACCAGCGCAAAUCACAAUGAGGAAUUCCACGAGGAACUUUACGUGAAACCUCUGCCAAAUGGACAAAUCAACACAUUCUUCCAGUUCACCACGCGAUGGAAGCUGGAGGCCGGACAAAAUUUAGAUCACACGCGCUUGAUGCCGCGGACAAUCGCGGAAAUUUUGAAUAUAUUCGACGUGAAGGAGCUGCAUAUUAGCUUGACGCAGGGGUUGUGGCGCUACGAGACAUGGGGCUACCCCGUUGUGGACUCCUCUCCCGGGGCCGAGAUGUGGGCUUGGUUCAAUGGCAACUUGACCAGGGCACAGGUGGAUUCGCAGUGGAAGAAACUAACGAGUACUCUGUCAGGAGUUCUUUGCGCGUCGUUGAAUUUUAUUGAUAUGACGAACACGGUCGAACCGAAAUAUGGUUUUCGACCUCAAUUCGGAACCAGCAAAACGAAUUCAGAAGCAAAUGGGCACAUAAGAUAUGCCACUCUCCCGCGCGAAAUAGUAUGCACGGAAAACCUCACACCAUGGAAAAAGCUGUUGCCUUGCAACAGUCGUAUUGGUUUUUCCUCCCUUCUUACUUCUGGCCAUGUGCACAACACAUUUUACCACUCAUUAGCCGUCCACCUUCGAACGCUCUGCGAUGACGAGAUAAAGGAGAAUUGCAUCAUUGAACUCCGCGAAACAGCUAACAUCGUCUACGAUCAGAAGCUGCUGGGCGGCUCCGACUUCUCGCUGCGGAAAAUGUUUGGUCAAGGUUUGAACGGAGCUUGUUCGCUGGCAGAUACGAGCAUAAUCUACGUAGACGUAACGAAUGAUCGAUACACGCUGACCCCCGAGCCGAAAGAAGUCAUAACGUCGACGCGAGGAGGAGUCACGACGUUAUUUGCAGUCUAUAACGUUAAGGAAGAGUCAAAUGAUAAAUUGUUCAACAUUGCCUGGGUGGCUAAAGAGCGGAAGAACUCAGUUCCUAUCAUAUCUCCACCUCCACUAGUUGCGCAUCGAUACAUUCUCAAUCAUGGUCAGGAGCGGGGCAAAGUGGUUACGGAAAUCACCAACUCACAUUGGGGACCAUUGAAUGUCGUCGUCCAAGAGAAUAUUCCUUGGUAUGUCCCUGUUUAUCUGCACACUCUUACAGCCACAGUGAAUAAGGAACGAAUUACUCCGAAGUUGGUCCACUACAUUCCUGGCGAACAACGUGAGAGGCCAUAUCAUCUGGAGGUGGCCUUAACAGUUCCAGCGAAGUCGGUUGUGCGUCUUUCAAUCGACUUCGAUUUCAUUUUCCUCAAAUGGCUGGAAUACCCGCCAGACGCGAACCAUGGUCACUACCUCGGGUCCGCUGUGAUAUCGACGGUCCUGCCUAAUACUAAGAACUACACAGGCAUCCCCGUGGACGGGUACUUGUUCGCGCAUUCAUUCAACGCAAGCCGACCCGGUUACUUUCUGCAAAUUCGAACUGAGUCUCUAAUCUUAACACUGCCGACCCCCGAUUUCAGUAUGCCUUAUAAUGUGAUUUGCUUAGCGUGCACGGUGGUCGCGCUGGCGUUCGGGCCGAUUCAUAGUGUGGCAACGAAGAAGAUUGUGAUUGAAAGCCGGGAGACGUCGCAUUCGAUUUUGUCGAAGCUCAAGCGGAAGCUGUUCGGAAAGAAAACCAAAGAGGAGGACGUAGCUGAGGAGAAGGAGGUCGCGGAGGAGAAGACAGAGGAUGCAGGCACGGACCUAGAAAAGGAGUCAGAAUGCUAGUUGAAUUUUUAAGAAAGUUUUCGUUUGUAUUUAUUGAUGUAUAUUUCUAAACUGCAAAUAAAAAUUGUUUUGUAGAAUGA